AGUCCUUUCCUGGUUUAUAUGACCAGGGUAAUAAAUUGACUACAGAGACUCUUCACUUUAGGAGAUUAUUUUCAGUGAUGCUGGUUACUGGUAUGAGCUCCAGAAUCAAAGAAAAAUAUAAAAUGGUCUCUAUCCUCAGACAUUUCCGACUCUUUGAGACCCCAUACAGUGUAGCCCGCCAGGCUCCUGUGUCCACGGGAUUUCCCAGGCAAGAAUACUGGAGUGGGUUGCCAUUUCCUAAUCCUGGGGAUCUUCUGACUUAGGGGUAAAACCCCCAUCUCUUGCAUCUCCUUCAUUGGCAGGAGGAUUCUUUACCACUGAGCCACCUGGGAAGCCUCUUUGGUCUGAUACUAGUGUUUUAUUUGAAUUAAAGGAGUGAGUUUUGGUUGGUAGUUUUCCAGUCAGUGAGACCCAGUGUGGAUAAUGCUGAAUUAUGGACUGCUGACAAGUGCAGUGGAAAGGGGUGUAUAAUAGUGGGAAAAUAUCUUAAGAGAUCGGAGAAUCUGAAGACAUUUGAGGGAUAGUUUUAGAUUUUGUGCAUCAAGGUUGACUGUCAGUGCUACACUAAACCUAUGAUUAUGUGGGGCAGGUGGACAAGGAGCAGCAGUUAGCUUCAAGUAAUGAGGCCUGGUUAUUUGUGGGAAUGUUGUUGGUGGAAUAUUGUCAGAGAUAAAAAAAAAACUGGUUGAAAAUGCUUCUAGCUAACAGACCUUUGAUAGAGUUGAGUAGGAGUGGGUUGUCUUCAUUAAUUAAAAUUAAUCAGAGAAGGGAGGUUGUCCUAGAAUUGUGAAGCCAGUGACAUGAGUGCUGUACGCAGCUGCGUGGGAUGUAGUCAGGGUUAUUAAUAGGCUCAGGUCUUGGUGUGCAACAUGUGGGCUGAUUGGAUAAUUAGAUCUUAAGAAUGGAAGCCUGUGAGGAUUGGUAAUCCUGUUAAUGGGAGACUUCAUAAUGAGGGCUGUAGUGGGGAAACUCACUGCUCUCAGCGGUUUAUCUACUCAGAGUGGGGGAUACUGAUUUUACUCAGGAAUAUUUCUGGGUCCAGCCGCCACCCCACAUCAACCCCUACCCACCACCAGCCCGGGCACCACACCAGGUUUCAGUUCCCAUACUGAACUGCUUCAGCCUCAUCAGCAGGAAUCCUGUUAAGAGGAAACCUUACUCUCCAAUGCAAUUAUCCCACGGAAUUUUAAGUUUUUACUUUAAAACUGUUACAGUUAUGAGGAAUCAAUGAUGCAACACAAGAGGGGAAAGACCCUCAUGUACUUCUAAACCCUGACAAGAUACCUGGGAACCAAAAGGAAGAACACAGCAGGGGUCCUCUUGGCGUUGCUCGGCCCGCUGGCUCUGCCCCUCACACGCCCAGGCGAGGCGCAGGGCGUGUCCUACCCCCGCCUCCCCCCCCACCUUCUCUGUGGCAUUCUUCUGAUACCAAUGGCUGAGGAGUCGCGCAUCCUCGCUUCGACGCAAGCGAUUCUACAGCCAAUUCCGGAAGCUGAGACUUGGUAGACGCAGUCGACCAUUGGAAACGUCAGAUGGAGAUUUUUGUCACUUGGGACAGCUUGGAUGAAUGUAGAAAAUAUUAUGAACUGAGAAGACUCAUGGACGAAGAAGCCCAGAAGAGGAAAGAACAGGAGUCAGGCAUGGCUCUUUCUCCUGCACAGUUGACCUUCAAGGAUGUGUUCAUAGAUUUCACUCCCAAGGAGUGGGACUGUCUGGACCCUGCCCAGAGGACCUUGUACAAGGACGUGAUGGUGGAGACCCUCAGGAACCUGCUGUCUGUGGAUGUGUCUCAAAUACGUAUGAUCAAGAAAUUACAAGCAAAAGGAAACAGUGGUAAAGAAGAAAUUUUUCAAAGAGUGGUGUUUGGAAGAGCCGAAAGCCAUGAAAUUGAAGAUUUUUUCCUCAGAAAGAUACAGGAAAAUAUGUAUGAUUUUGAGUGUCUGUGGACAGAUGAUGAAAGAAAUGACAGAGGAGCGUCUACAUCCCAUAACAAAAAUCUCACCGAUAGAAGAGAUCAUGAUAGUAGAAGUGAUGCAGGAAAUAAGCCUGUUGAAAGGCAUGGAUCAAGCUUUCAGGAUCAGUUGCAUAUACUUGAAUCUGAAGGGACAGUUUCUGAAUGUCGUCAGGUUGUGGCGAAUAUCAACAGUAGUGCCUCAGGUUUACCACUUCAGAGAACUCGUAGUGUCCGUAAAGGCAAUUCUCAUAAACAAGAGAGAGCUGUUAUACAUCCCUCAGAACUGGUACCAGACCAGGAAGCACACAAGAAAAAAACUUACAGUUGUAAUGAGUGUAACAUAACUUUUCUUCAGGACUCAGAGCUCUCUAGACAUCAAAGAAUCCAUACAGGAAGAAAAGCAUAUAAAUGUAACAUAUGUUGUAAGGCUUUUAAUGAUAAAUCGACCCUUAUAGUUCAUCAGAGAAAUCAUACUGGAGAAAAACCAUAUAAAUGUGAUGUAUGUGGCCACUGCUUUAAACAGCAUACACACCUUCAACAUCAUCGGCGAGUUCAUACUGGAGAGAAACCAUAUAAAUGUGAUGUGUGUGGAAAGGCCUUUAGUCGAAAAGCAAGGCGUACAGUUCAUCAGACCCUUCAUAGUGGAGAGAAACCAUAUACAUGUGAAGUAUGUGGCCGUGGCUAUACUCGAAAGUCACACCUUGGAAUUCAUUGGAGAGUUCAUACUGGAGAGAAACCAUAUAAAUGUGAUGUAUGUGGCAAGGCCUUUAGUGUAAAUGAAAGGCUUGUAGUUCAUCGGAGAGUUCAUACUGGAGAGAAACCAUAUAAAUGUGAUGUGUGUGGCAAGGCCUUUAGUGUAAAUGUAAGGCUUGUAGUUCAUCGGAGAGUACAUACUGGAGAGAAGCCAUAUAAAUGUGAUGUGUGUGGCAAGGCCUUUAGUGUAAAUGUAAGGCUUGUAGUUCAUCGGAGAGUUCAUACUGGAGAGAAACCAUAUAAAUGUGAAGUAUGUGGUUGUGGCUAUACUCAAAAGUCAAUAUUUUUAAUUCAUCAGAGAAUUCAUACUGAAGAGAAACCAUAUAAAUGUGAUGUAUGUGGCAAGGCCUUUAGUGUAAAUUCAAGGCUUGUAGUUCAUCAGAGAGUACAUACUGGAGAGAAACCAUAUAAAUGUGAUGUGUGUGGAAAGGCCUUUAGUCGAAAAGCAAGGUGUACAGUUCAUCAGACCCUUCAUACUGGAGCAAAACCAUAUACAUGUGAAGUAUGCGGCCGUGGCUAUACUCGAAGGUCAAUACUUGUAAUUCAUUGGAGAAUGCAUACCGGAGAGAAACCAUAUAAAUGUGAUGUAUGUGGCAAGGCCUUUAGUCUAAAUUCAAGGCUUGUAGUUCAUCGGAGAGUACAUACUGGAGAGAAACCAUAUAAAUGUGAUCUAUGUGGCAAGGCCUUUAGUCUAAAUGCAAGACUUGUAGUUCAUCGGAGAGUUCAUACUGGAGAGAAACCAUAUAAAUGUGAUCUAUGUGGCAAGGCCUUUAGUCUAAAUUCAAGGCUUGUAGUUCAUCGGAGAGUACAUACUGGAGAGAAACCAUAUAAAUGUGAUGUAUGUGGCAAGGCCUUUAGUCUAAAUUCGAGGCUUGUAGUUCAUCGGAGAGUACAUACUGGAGAGAAACCAUAUAAAUGUGAUGUGUGUGGAAAGGCCUUUAGUCAAAAAGUAAGGUGUACAGUUCAUCAGACCCUUCAUACUGGAGAGAAACCAUAUACAUGUGAAGUAUGUGGCCGUGGCUAUACUCAAAAGUCAAAACUUGUAGUUCAUGAGAGAAUUCAUACCGGAGAGAAGCCAUUUAAAUGUGAUGUAUGUGGCAAGGCCUUUAGUGUAAAUGCAAGGCUUGUAAUUCAUCGGAGAGUUCAUACUGGAGAGAAACCAUAUAAAUGUGAUGUGUGUGGCAAGGCCUUCAGUGUAAAUGCAAGGCUUGUAGUUCAUCAGAGAGUUCAUACUGGAGAGAAACCAUAUAAAUGCGAUAUGUGUGGAAAGGCCUUCAGUCGAAAUUCAGGCCUUGUAGUUCAUCAGAGAGUUCAUAGUGGAGAGAAACCAUGUAAAUGUGAUGUAUGUGGACAGGCCUUUGGUCAAAAUUCAAUCCUUUCAAUUCAUAAGAGAAUUCAUACUGGAGAGAAACCCUACAAAUGUAACAAUUAGGACAAACAUUUUAGUGCACAGUCAUCCUUAAAUUGCCAUCAGACAGUUUAUACGGGAGGAAAAGUGUAGAAAGGUAAUUUAUGUGGCAAAGUCUUCAGUUGCAGGUCUUUGCAGUUCAUUGGAAACAUAUUGGAGAGAAACCAUAUAAAUAAUGAUGUAUGUGGCAAGACCUUUAGUCAAACGGCAAACCUUGCAUUUCAUCAGAGAAUUCAUACUGGAGAGAAGCCGUGUAAAUGUGUUGUGUGUGGCUGAUGCUUUACUGGAAAUUCACAGCUUGAAAUUCUUCAGAGAAUUCAUACUGGAGAGAAACCUUACAAACGUAGCCAUUCGGACAAACGUUUUACUGCACAGCUAGCCUCACAUCAUGCAGUUCAUUCAGGAGAGACAGCAUAGAAAUGUGAUGUAUGUGGGCAGUGCUUGAAAUGACCAUAUAAGAAAUCAGAUAAUUCAUAGUGGAGAAAAAUGUUACAACAAUUAUGAGACUUUUUAGUGCAGAUGUAAUGAGUGUAGCAAAGCCUUUAGUCAGAGUUCAGGCCUUAUAAUUAAUCAAAGAAUUAAUACUGUAUAAAAA